CAAGACUGGGUUUUAGCUUGUCGCCUAAGUUCGAAUCGUAUCUUACGAAUACGCUUGCCCGUCCACUCCGAACAAAUCGUAAGAGGCCUCGUCGGAAAUUAGAGGGAGGACGGAGAAAGGUGAGAGAUGGCAAGAUACGAUCGAGCAAUCACAGUGUUUUCCCCCGACGGUCACCUCUUCCAGGUUGAGUACGCCCUCGAAGCCGUCCGUAAAGGUAACGCCGCCGUCGGGGUUCGCGGCACCGAUACCAUCGUCCUCGCCGUCGAGAAGAAAUCCACCCCCAAGCUUCAGGAUUCCAGAUCGGCUAGAAAGAUCGUGAGCCUAGAUAACCACAUUGCUCUGGCCUGUGCUGGGCUCAAGGCAGAUGCACGUGUCCUGAUAAACAGAGCAAGAAUUGAAUGUCAAAGCCACAGGCUUACUGUAGAGGACCCUGUGACUGUUGAGUACAUCACCCGGUACAUAGCAGGGCUUCAACAGAAAUACACUCAAAGUGGUGGAGUCAGACCAUUUGGUCUCUCUACUCUUAUCGUUGGUUUUGACCCGUACACUGGUGUGCCCUCGCUUUAUCAGACUGAUCCAUCGGGUACUUUCUCUGCUUGGAAAGCUAAUGCAACCGGGAGAAACUCUAACUCGAUUAGGGAGUUUCUGGAGAAAAACUACAAAGAAACAUCAGGCCAAGAAACUGUUAAGCUCGCUAUCCGGGCUUUGCUUGAGGUAGUUGAGAGUGGGGGAAAGAACAUCGAGGUUGCCGUAAUGAGGCAAGGGCGUGGUCUUUGCCAGCUAGAAGAAGCUGAGAUCGAUGCCAUCGUGGCGGAGAUUGAAGCAGAAAAGGCAGCCGCAGAAGCCGCCAAAAAAGCCCCCCCAAAGGAAACUUGAUUUGGCAUCUUCCAAGGAUCGAUCCCAGUUUAUUAAUCAUGCUCGCCUCUUGGCAGUUUAACUGGGUUUGCUCUUCUUUUUCACUUUUGGUUCAUCAACGGAUCUUUCUGAGCUAUCAGAGCGGAAAUAUGAACAGUUUUCAGUUGUGAGUUUGCUUUGAUUGAUAUAUAAAAGCCGGGGCUCAUGCGUAUCCCGUUUUGAA